AGGGAGCACCCAGACUAACAAAGUGCAUGUCCCGUGUCAGCCAUAUUGCAGUGAGACAGCGGUAUUUCUUUCAAUUCGAAUGCUUUCCUUGUUACGUUAGUUAGCAGUGUUUAAGAGUGGUUAUAAUGCUUUCAACACAUUCGUACGAUGCUAAUGGGAAAAUGAAAGAUUAUCACUAUUCUGGUCCAGUAGAGCACAGAUUCUCUCCCUAUGCUUUCAACGGAGGGACUGUGUUGGCUGUUGCUGGUGAGGACUUUGCCAUUGUAGCCUCUGACACUCGUCUCAGUGAGGGCUACUCUAUCCACAGUCGGGACUCUCCAAAAUGCUACACGCUGACUGACACAACAGUAAUUGGCUGCAGUGGAUUUCAUGGUGAUUGCCUUACUCUGACCAAAAUCAUUGAUGCUAGGCUCAAGAUGUACAAGCACUCAAAUAACAAGAGCAUGACAAGUGGAGCCAUUGCUGCCAUGCUGUCAACAAUUCUGUAUGGGCGGAGAUUUUUCCCGUAUUAUGUGUACAACAUCAUCGGUGGUCUAGAUGAGGAGGGAAAAGGCGCUGUCUACAGUUUCGACCCAGUGGGAUCAUAUCAGCGAGACACUUACAAAGCGGGAGGCUCAGCCAGUGCCAUGCUGCAACCCUUGCUAGACAACCAGAUUGGCUUCAAGAACAUGGAGAAUGUGCAGCAUGUUCCACUGACCCAGGAGAAGGCAGUGCAGUUGGUAAAGGACGUCUUUAUCUCUGCGGCAGAGAGAGACGUGUAUACCGGUGAUGCCCUCAAGAUCUGCAUCGUCACCAAGGACGGCAUCAGAGAGGAGAUUGUUCCUCUCAGGAAAGACUGAUCCAACCAGCUUUUCGUUUCCCCCACCAAACUCUGCUUAUUGUUAUAUUCUCCUGACUGCUAUUUCCAUUGAAUGGUUUAUUUGGUCACACUGUUGUUUUUACAUUCUUUCUGAAAAAUAAAAUAUCAGAAUGUUACCUGACAA